CACCUCAGUUGGGAACCUCUGGAGUUUAAUGUCUAUGGUAUUACCAUAAUACCAUAGCAUCAAGUUCCAUGGCACAUUAUGUACCGUGGAUAAUAAUAAUGAUUAUUAAUAUAUAGUCUAGUAUUCUAGUACUUUAUAGUGUUAUAGAUAAAUUAAGUAAUUAGUUACUCUAUGAUCUAUUUUUUUUGUGUAUAGAUAAUAGUAUUGUAAAUAAUCGUGAUAAUAUUUAUGAUAAAUGUAUUAUGUAAUUACAUAAACAUUAUACUCAUUAUAGCAGCUUUUUUUAUAUCAUUCAGUUAUAAUUAUUAUUUAAGUAACAAAUUUGUUGAAGUAGAAAUUAAACAAAUUAGGUUUCAUGAACAAGUAGGGAGAACGUCUUUAUAGAUCUGAAAAUAAUUAAAUUAUUUAUUACUGGCUAUGCAAUAAUUAAGAGAAAAAAAAUAACGAUCAUAGUUUAUAUUCACAAAAUAUUUAUAAAAGUUGAAAUUUCUUUUUGAUCAUGGGUUGGAAUGUAUACAAUUUGCUAUGUUGCUGUCGUAGUUCUGAUGAAUCGAUUCGAGUAGAUUUGGUAAACAUAGAUAUUUUGUCUUGUGUUUUACAUUUAUAAACAUAGACAUUUGAAUAUAGGCUGUUGCUCGAGAACAACAAGCUGCUGCGGCUGAAAAACGUUUAAAAGAACAAGAAAAUCGAGGAAUUAAGAAUCCUGAACGUGUGAAACGUAUGCAACGGGAACAACAAAAACGUGAUGAAGCAGACAGAUCAGCUAAUGUGGGACCAAGUACUGGAUUAAAGGUAUUAAUAAUUGUUAUACUAUCAAAUUAGGUAGUUGUUAAUUUGUAAUAUAUUUUAUUCAAAAAUUGUUAAUGAAAUUUUACAUUUAAAAAUUUUUCAUGAAUAUUAUUUUAUAUUAUUUUUAGAAUAUUUUACAGUGUUCUGUAACUAUUAUAAUGUUUAUAAUAUGCAGUCAGAUAAAACAGCUAUUACGUAGUUAACAAUUUAUUAGUGUGUGUGUUUAUAAUUUAUAAACAUUUUAAAUAUGAGGAUAAAACUAAUAAAACAUUAUUUAAUGUUCAGUUCUCACUUAAAAUAUUAAUCCGCUUACUGUUUAAUAUGUAUUUUUUAAUAUCAGAAUAAAAGUUAAAUUGUCGAAUAUGCUUAAUAUGACUUAUGAAAUGUGCGUUAAUAUUCAUGUUUAACUAAAUACAUAGUAUAAUGCAUUGUACUCUAAUGACUAUAUGUAAGCCUGGUAUAUAAAUCCAAAAUUUGUUGGUAUAGGCAGUGUUAAUAUUAUUUGACUAGUAGAAUUAAUUUUUUUUUUAUAAUAUGAUUUGUUAUUAUUUUAAAUGAAUAUUAUACUUGUAGGUUAAUUAUUUAUGCAAAAUGUUUGAUAAUUAUAUGUCUUGAAUUUUUUUCAAUUAUAUUCAAAUAUUAUUGACACGAGUAUAGUUAUAAAAGUUGGUAGUAUGGUAGUAUAAUUUAUUUUAUUGAAAUUGUUUUUAAUAUUAUAUGGUUCGUAUUUUUUUUGUUUCAGUGGCAAGUCAAUAAUUAAUGCUUUGAAAAUAUAGGCAUUGAAAAAUACAUGUUUACUAUUAAGUAUUAUACAUGUUUAUUUAUUAGUUAUAUAAGUUAUCAGCAAUAUAGAUAAUUUUGGUAUUUUUAAUAUUUCCUACUGGUUUUAAACAAUAUGCAUAAAACAUAAAAUACACAAGUUUGUUUAAUGUUACCUAGGCUUUUUAUUUAAUUUCUAAGCACUAAAUGAAAUUAUAUUUUUAAAAUAAAAAUAGCUGUAUUACUAUAUUUAUGAUAUUUACUGCAGUCAUUACUUAUUUCAACAUAUAUAAUUGUGGACACAAAAUAUGAGUGAUGUCUGGCAUACACUAAGCAGCAGUUUUUUACGAUAAUAUUUGUCAAAUCAUAAAAAAACUGUUUUUUUUUAAAUGGAUAUUAUUUUUAUUUUUUGAUGAAUAAAAUGAUAUUUAUAAUUAAUAAUGAAAUAAAUUAUGCAUAUGCUUAAUAAAUAGAUCUAUUAACAAUAGUCAGUGGAAGAAUUAAUAAAAUACAAGUAUAACAAUUUUUUAAAAAAGCAUUUGGAUGUAAUCUUCUCCAAAAUCAUUGUCAUCAGAUACAAAUGUUAAAAUAAUUGACUCCAACAGUCUAUCACAUAAUAUCUCUUCACUGUCUUCAUGUUGGAUCUUUUCUGCAUGUUCGACACAUUUCUCCCAGUUUUGUUUUUGAUACCGAAUCCAAUGUUUUGUGUGUUGAUCUUUCAAUAUGCACCAUUUUGGAUAUAUAUAUAUAUAUAUAUAGUGAAACCUCAAUUAUUUGGGGUAAUGGUGAGAAAGGGGUGGGUCAUCCAGAUAAAUGAAAACCACGGUUAAUCGAGAAUUUUUAUAAUAAUGAAUAAUAUAUAAUAUAAUAUAAUAAUUUAUAAUUUAUCUUCAAUAACUACAUAUCCCAAAAUAAAUAUUAGAUAUAUAUAUAUAUAUAUAUGGUCAUAUUGUUAUUGUCAAAAAUGUCACUGAUAUCGUAUAUUAUGUGGUCGAUUAUAAUUAUUUAUAAUAUGUAGUCCAUACUUAUUUUUACUUUUUCUGAAGAGUAUGCACAGAUAAUCAAGGUUCCACUGUAUAUUGUUUUUAUACAGUUCGGCUAUCUUGACUUUGUUGAAGUGUACACAUUACAUAUAAAAUUGUACAACGUAAAGCUACUAUAUCAUUUCACUUCAUUACCACUUUUUAAAAAAAAUUAAAAAUUUCCUAAUAAUUUCCCAACUUCUUAGAUGGUUUAAUUUUAAUUUGGCAUUUUCUUUGCUAUUGCAAAGCCACUGCUUAAUUUCCGUGUCCACAAUUAUAAUUGAAAUUUUAAAUUUUUAACUAUGUACAUAAUGUAUUAUUUUUAAGAAUUUUUACAAUCAAAUAAACUACAAAUUUGGUGAUAUUUGUAUGCCAAAGCCCAGAAUGAUUAAUUCCAGUUUUUUAAUAAUUGAGAUAUUACAAUCAUCAGUUUCUUAAAGCUGUAUGGAUCAAAGUUCACUAUCUGUAUUUUACAUGUUGCAUCUAAACUUUUAAAAUAUACCCUGUUUUGUUCUACAUUGCCAUGAGAUUGACUGUAUCAGAUCAUCCAUAUUGCCAAUAACAUAUACUUAUUUAAUUUUAAUGUACCUGAUAAUUAUGUUAAUAAUAUCUUAUUUACAUACUGUGAUAUUCUUUUAACCAUGUU